AUGUCUUCGCGUCUUGCCCGCCUACCCCCAUGGGUCAGCCACUGGCUUGGCUAUCGAUCCGAAGCCCCCAAACCACUCCCAGCAUACCAAGUCGCUCUGUGGUCCUUCAUAAUCGCCUUCGGUGGGCUCUCAGUCCUCCAAGCAAUCUUCAACUACUCAGACUAUUUCAAAGAACGCCAUGUGCCUGGAAUAGUAGCAUCUUACGGCGCAUCGGCAGUCCUCGUAUUCGGCGCAAUUGAAAGCCCGCUGGCCCAACCACGUGCUCUCAUCUUCGGCCACUUCUUCAGCGCUCUGAUUGGCGUCUGCAUCACCAAGCUGUUCAGCCUGAUGCCGGAAGCUCGCUUCCAGUCCCUCCGCUGGCUCGCGGCUUCGCUUUCGACUGCCAUUUCUAUUGUUGUGAUGCAGUUGACGGGCACGACGCACCCUCCUGCUGGUGCGACGGCUUUGCUGCCAGCUACUAACCAGGAGAUUUGGGAACUUUCUUGGUAUUACUUGCCUGUGAUCCUAUUAUCUUCUACUAUGCUUCUGGCUUGUGCGCUGCUGUUGAAUAACUUGCACCGCCGCUACCCGGUAUUCUGGAUUGCCCCGGCACCGCCUAAACCCGCACCAGCCCCUAUUGUGAAGGAGAAGGAAGCGGAGGAAGAGCAGACCAAGAGCCCUGUCUGA